AUGGCAUUCGAACGAGGAACACAAUGUCUACGCAGAGAAAUCUAUCUACCUAUCUAUCUAGCCGUUUCAUUUUAUCUAUCUAUCUAUCUAUCUAUCUAUCUAUCUAUCUAUCUAUCUAUCUAUCUAUCUAUCUAUCUCUUUCAUUGUAUCUCUUUCAUUCUAUCUAUCUAUCUAUCUAUCUAUCUAUCUAUCUAUCUAUCUCUUUCAUUGUAUCUCUUUCAUUCUAUCUAUCUAUCUAUCUAUCUAUCUCUUUCAUUGUAUCUCUUUCAUUCUAUCUAUCUAUCUAUCUAUCUAUCUAUCUAUCUAUCUCUAUCAUUGUAUCUCUUUCAAUCUAUCUAUCUAUCUCUUUCAUUGUAUCUCUUUCAUUCUAUCUAUUUAUCUAUUUAUCUAUCUAUUAGUUUCAUUUUAUCAUUUUCUUUUUAUCUAUCUAUCUAUCUAUCUAUCUAUCUAUCUAUCUAUCUAUCUCUUUCAUUGCAUCUCUUUCAUUCUAUCUAUCUAUCUAUCUAUUUAUCAUUCUAUCUAUCAGUUUCAUUUUAUCAUUUUCUUUUUAUCUAUCUAUCUAUCUAUCUCAUUUUAUCUCAUUUAUUUUACCUAUUUCAAUCAAUCAAUCUAUCUAUCUAUCUAUCUAUCUAUCUAUCUAUAAAGAUAGAUAGAUAA